AUGUCAGCAGAAAUUCAACAAGCCGAAGAAAAAUCGAUACGAGAACUUCUCUCUGAGCGUUAUAAGGACUACUUAAACCUUUCAGAUGCGGAUCGAAUUCGCUACGUUAAUUUUUCAAAAGAACUGAGCGCUGCAUUACAUGGUGAUGAUCCAUCAUCCUUAAAAAGGACGAUUGGUAAUCACAUCUUUUCUGAUCCUGAAAAGUUGAUUCGCAUGAAAUUACUAACUUUUCCUUUGCCACCAAAUGAAGAAUUAAUGGUGCGCCGGGUAAUGGACAGUUGUCCAUUUAAAGCUCUGUUAAGCUGCUUUGGAGGUUUUGUUUUGGGCGGUAUCUUUGGGUUGUUUUCGGCCAGUGUGGACCCAAUGAGCACAGUACAUGGUGCGGAAAUUCCAACUACUCGUCAAGUUAUGAAGGAAAUGUAUUCCCGUUCAUUAUCACAUGCCAAGAGUUUUGCUAUGAUUGGGACACUUUUCGCUGGUACUGAAUGUGCUCUUGAGAGUUACCGUGGCAAGAGUGAUCUUCUGAAUAGUACAUUGUCAGGUGCAAUCGUCGGUGGUGGGAUAGGUUUUCGAGCUGGUUUACAAGCCGGUCUUUUGGGAGCUGCUGGUUUCUCAAUAUUUUCUACUGCCAUCGAUUACUAUUUUAGACACAAAAACUAG